AUGACAACUCACCCAUUUGAUAAACUGAACAUAUCAGACACUAGUGUGCUGAUCAAUACUCGACGUUCUGUCUGUCCUGGUUGCAAUCGAAGUUCUAAAAACUUUUGUCCUAAAUGCAAUUUACCACUCGAUCACUCUCCUCCUUCUAUUCAUUUACCCAUUCCAGUAGACAUAUAUCGACAUCCAGGUGAAUGUCAUGGCAAAACAACUUCAACGCAUGCUAAACUUGUUGCUCCAACUCGAGUCAAAAUAUACAUUGCUGAUUUAGAAGGUGCAUCAUCAGAUACUGAGUUAAUGAGUAGGUAUCCUGAUCCUUCUCGAGUCCUGUUACUCUUUCCUUCAACCUCGGCUGUUCCCCUCACACAAAUCAAGUCAUCUUCGUUUGAUAGGCUGAUUGUACUAGACGGAACAUGGAAACAAGCAAAAGCCAUGACAAAGCGGUUGAGUCAAGUUGGGUUUCGUCAUGUCAAGAUCGAAUCCCACGAGACUUUGUUUUGGCGAUACCAGCAGUUUGAUCGAACAUUUCUUGCUACUAUCGAAGCUAUUUACUGGUUUUAUCGAGAAUAUUUCGAUGCUUAUCUGGCACAUGGCUGUAAUGAGAAUAUCGUAAAACAAUACUCUGGAGAGUACGAUAAUAUGCUGUUUUAUUUCAAGCAUAACUGGGAAUUGAUUCAACUUUUUUAUAAAUCAAACCCAAAAAAAUCGUUUACACAUCGACAUAUAGACGGUGCUGCAUAUAUUCAGUACGAUGACAAGAACACUGAACUUACUUUAUGA